UGAUCCGAGCAAAGGCCAUGUCUGCCAAAGAGGUGGAUUCGGGGAAUGACAUAUACGGGAAUCCGAUCAAACGAAUCCAGUAUGAAAUCAAGCAGAUCAAGUUCAGCCUCGCCCCGGGCCAGGCUGAGCCCCAGCAGCCUGAGUCAGCACCAAGUCCCAGGGUGCCUGGGGGGACCCUCUGAGCUGUCUCUGGCCUCUCCGCAGGCAAGUCAGAGGGCAAUGGCAAGAUGCACAUCACGCUCUGCGACUUGGUCUCCACCUGGGACUCACUGAGCCCGACCCAGAAGAAGAGCCUAAACCAGCGGUACCAGAUGGGCUGCGAGUGCAAGAUCUCGCGCUGUCUCUCCAUCCCCUGCUUCGUCUCCUCCUCGGAUGAGUGUCUCUGGACAGACUGGGCGAUGGAGAAGAACAACGUGGAUGGGCGGCAGGCAAAGCACUAUGCUUGCAUCAAGAGGAGCGACGGCUCAUGCGCCUGGUACCGCGGCAUGGCCCCCCCCAAGCAAGAGUUUCUCGACAUUGAG